GUCGGAGUAUCGACCGUGUUUGAGUGAGCCUUGUCUUCGUUCUCUUCUUCCAGCACCGUCGCCGACGCUGACGACGAUGAAGCCGUCUCCUGUUCGACAUGACGACCGAGCAGCCAAAGCCGACAGAUCCGCCUGUCGCCUAUCCUUUGCCACCCCAUUUCCAGCAUUAUAAUGGAGGAACCUUCCCACCACCGCCGCCGCCUGGUGUCUAUCCACCAAUGUUUGCCUAUCCACCGCCGGUCGAGGGGCAUCCUGAAGGCGGACCACCGCCAGGACUCAUUAUGUUCCAUGCACCACCAGGCAUGGUCUAUGCUUAUCCACCACCGCCAGGGCAAGUCUUCGCUGUACCGCCAGGCACCCCUUCGCCUUCAAUGAUGAAGCCGAAGCGAAAACAAGUCAAGAUGGCCUGCACAAACUGCGCCACUGCGUGCAAACGGUGCGAUGAGGCGCGUCCGUGCGAACGUUGCCUCAAGUACGGCAUUCAAGACAGCUGCAUCGACGGCCAACGAAAGGAGCGCAAGAAGGGUGUCAAACGCGGGCCGUACAAACGUAAAAACAAAGGAAUGGAUACGACAUUCAGUGACGGAGCUCCACCUGAAAAUGGCGAGUGGCAGGCUGCCGGUUCCAACUCUCCCCCUGUCAAUGCAUCGACUACUGCUGCCGCUAUCCAUGCUGUAGCGCAGUUCGCAGCACCUCCAGAGGCAGGUGCAGGUUACUAUCCCCUAUAUUAUCCACCAGGCCACUUUGUCGCGCAGAUGCCGGAAGGGCAAGAGGGCCAACCACAGGUGGUGCAGUAUUUCAUGGGUGGCUAUCCUCCCCCGUACGGCUACGCGCCGCCUCCAGGCGCAACGUUUGUUCCGGCUCCCCCUCCUAUGCCUGGCCAGUCUGUCGAGGUACCAAAUGGCUCGGACAAACCUGCCGAACCUGCGGCGACAAAUAACGGUGUUGUCAUCGCUGCCUCUGACGGUGCAGAUCCACUGUCGCGUAAGCGAGGACGGACUAGCAACGGGGUCCCUGGCAAGUCAAAGAAAUCCAAGACGUCGGAUAAGGACCCUGGGAGCGAAGACGUCGACGCAGAUAAAGAGGAUAGCGACUCGCUUCCGGCGAACUGAUCAGGCUCCUGUCGCCACUACAUCCCCGUCCAUGUUAGAUCUACCACCCUAUUUCUUGUCUUCUCUCGUCGUCGUCAUUUGUUUUGCUGUCUAUUCCGAACGAACUAAGUUGUCAUUUAAUCACACCAAACAACGCAGCCAACCUUGCUGGUCCUUUGACCUUAGACAAGGCCGUGUGUCGUUUCGACACGGUCUGACCCUGUUGUUGGUCAAAAGGCCUGUAUUGAUGGGGUGCCAUCAUGCCUUCUCCGAAAUACUGUAUUCUUCUUAGGACAUAUGGUUUGCUUGGUUAUGUACCAUUGAGUGCUUCUUGAUCCAUUGUAAUAUAGCUGUAGGAUAUAUGUAUUGAUGUCUGAUAAAUUACCAACUCAUGUUCUACAUGAUCAAAAUUAGACUGCGUUCCUUCCCCACAUCAAAAUUGAAGCACUAUAGUUUAAAAUG